UUCAGCUAAAAGGUAGUACUUUUUUGUCCAAUAAAACGUAGUACACCCUCCCUUCUCUGCGUACGCCAUCGUGUUCGACAAAACAAAACAGCGAAGGGAGUUUUUAGAGAGAGAGAGUGAGUGAGUGUAUGUUUUAGAGAGAGGGUGACUGUAUGUUUUAGAGAGAGAAAAUGGAACCUUACGGCAGCAGAACGGAGGCCGAGCGGUGGCUCGUCAUCGCCGAGAAGCUCCUCACGUCCCGCGACCUCCUCGGGAGCAAGACAUUUGCCAUUCGAGCCCGGGAGUCCGACCCGAGACUCGAACCCGCCGACCGGAUCCUCGCCGUCAUCGACACACUCCUCGCCGGCGACAAGCGGAUCAACAACCAGCGCGACUGGUACGCGAUCCUCCAACUCGUCUGCCAUACUCGCGACUCGGAACUCAUCGCGACUCAGUACCGCCGACUCGCCCUCCUGCUAAACCCUAGCAAGAACAAGCUCGCCUUCGCCGACGAAGCCUUCCAGCUCGUCUCCGACGCCUGGUCAGUCCUCUCCAACCCCUCCAAAAAAUCUCUGUACGACAAUGAGCUCAAUUUGUUCUCGAAGCUCGAUCCGAGUACAUCGAUCGGUUCGAGCCGUGGACAAGAACACCAGGAACAACAACAACACCAUAAUCAGCAAGAACAGAGCAUUAGGCGAAGCGCUAGGAAUAGCAAUGUGAGUAAUAGGGAGAAAAUUGUGAAUGAGGAUUCGGAAAUGCAUAACAUAUAUGAUGAAGUUUCGAGUUUUUGGACUGCAUGCCCUUAUUGUUAUAAUAUGUAUGAAUAUCCUAGGGUUUAUGAGGAGUGUACUCUCCGGUGUCAGAAUUGUAGGAGGGCAUUUCAUGCCGUGAUGAUUCCGUCGCCGCCACCGAUUUCCCAGGGGAAAGAAUCAUAUUUCUGUUGUUGGGGUUUUUUCCCGCUAGGUUUGUCAAUGUCAAAUUUGGGGAAAAAUAAGGGUGGGGGUUCUAAUUGGGCGCCUUUUUCGCCCAUGUUUAAUUGUCCUCGAGUUGGGGAAGGAAAUGUGAAUGUUGUGGAGGAAAAUGUGAGUGCUACAGCAAAGAAGCCGAAGAAUGUGAGCUCGCAGAAGAGCUCGGCUCCUAGGAUUUAUAUAGAUGAUGAUGAUGAAGAUUUUGUGCAAGUAUUGGAAUCAAGUGAGGAUUCUGAUGAUGAUGAUUGGGGUAGUACUAGAAAGAAGAGGAAAGCAAAGGAUGUGAAGGGGAAGGGUUUGGCUGGUAGAAAUGUUAAGAAACAGCAAGUUGAGAAAGGAAAGAGUGUUAAAGGGGGUAGCAGCGAAAAUUUGCAAGGUGGGUCUGUGAUGGAAGAGGGUAUGAGUGUGCCAAAUGUGUCAAACAUUGAGGUGAGUAAGAAAGCAGGGAGUAGUUCGAAGAGAACUGGAAAAGUUGCAAAGGAAAUGGGGAAGCUGGAUUUGAAUGUGGAAUUUAGUAAUGAGGUAGAAGAGCCUGUCCCAGGAAUGAGUGAAGGGCAUGGAGCAGGAAAUGGGGAGGAAGAUGGCAUUGGAUUUUUUGAAGGUCUUGAUGAAUUCCUGAGUAGUCUUCCGAUACUCUCCGUUGUGGGGGACGAUAAGGUUAAGGCUACCUAGUGAAGUAAGACUGUUUUUGUCGAUGUUGUAGUAGUAGUUAUCUGUAAGCUUGUAGCAAUAAAUAAUGUAGAGUAACUGACCAUCUUCUCUAAUGCUUUUGACGUAGUUAAAUUAAUUGUAUAUUUUUUGGCAAUGA